AUGACAAUAAUUUCUAAAGGUUGGUCCUCUUCUGAUGAAAAGUUUAGCUGCAACAACCCGAAGGUAGGGGACAAAAAGGAGCUGAGUAAAAAGAAAAAGAAAAAAUGCCUGAAUGCACUCAAGAAGCUACUAAAAGCUUCUUGUACCGCCAAGUGUAAAUUUGUCUCAGUUGAUGGCGGUUGGAACGACUAUGAGGACUGGUCUGCGUGUUCUGUAGAAUGUAACGAAGGAAGUCGAACUAGGAGCAGAUCCUGUACCAACCCUGCCCCAUCAUAUGGUGGUGCUGACUGCAAGGGAGAUUCUGAAGAAAAAGAAACUUGUAACACUGAUCUUUGUCCAGAUAUUGAAUGUUGGAACAAAGAUAAUCCGCUCACGAUGGGAUCUGGGUAUAGAGGAACUCUUUCCGUGACUAUGGGUGGUCACACCUGUCAGAAAUGGACUGAACAAUCACCUUAUGAGCAUGUUUACACUGUGGAUAAAUUUAAUGACAAAGGAAUAGGUGACCACAACUACUGUAGGAACCCAGAUGGAGAAGAUGACAAUUACACCGAACUUGAAGCAUGGUGUUACACAACCUCACUUACCAAACGUUGGGACUGGUGCGAAAUCCCUACAUGCCAUACAGCAGGUUAA